AUGGGAGAUUUUGAGUGGCAUGACCAGCUUCGUACAACCGAUGUUCGUUACAUAGAGCCACAAGUUCGAAAUCAAGCUCAUUGCGACUCGAAAGAUCUGCGUAGACUCGAAACUUCAGCUAUGGAGAACACAGAAGAAUCUAGCACGACCAAGAUUGAAGGUCGUUCUGCGCUCGGAUUUUCAUUGACAUCGCCCGAUUUAGUAUGUGUUGGUUCACCUGACAUUGCUAGCCAGAGAUAUGAAGAAUCACCGCGAUUAUCGAAUGGCAAAACAAUCAACGUCUCGUUAGAAAAUGGAAUUGAGGGGUCUGAAAUCGGCAGCACGUUUAAGGCCUCGCCUUCGAAUACUGAAGAUUUAUGCCCCGAGGCUUCCUUUGAGCUCAUUGCACCUCCACCGCCAGAUCAAGAGAAUUCAACUGGAAUUCGAACCACCGAAAUAGGCAAUAAUGUGGGGCCCACAAUGGGUGUUGAGUCUGAUGGUGGCUUGUGUUUUUCCGAGGAAGGUUCUGGAGAGAUACUAUCCGAAGAAGCGGGAUGUACACACAUGCCACUGAAUGAUAAAUGUGAUGAUAUUGUUGAGGAAAAUGUUGUUGAAAAGGAACUGUUCAACACAAAAAAGCUUUUGGAGGAGCUUAGGAAAGAAAAUGAGCUCAAAAGCAAAGAAUGUGAAGAAGCGUGGACAUCUUUGCGAGACCUUCAAAAUGAGCUUAUGCGUAAAUCAAUGCAUGUUGGAUCGUUAGCUUUUGCGAUCGAGGGACAAGUGAAAGAAAAGAGCAAAUGGUUUUCUUCGCUACGAGACUUGACAAGAAAGUUGAAGCUUUUGAAGAUGGAUCAUAUUGAACUCUCGGAAGAUGCUUCAUUGUUCAAACAGUUUCUUGCUGACAUGGAUGGUCUCAAAUCCACUGUUCAGUCUACACUUAAUCAGCUUGUCCAAUCACACGAAGACAUCAAAAUUAAGUUCCUCCAAGAGGUGAAGGAGAGGAAAGAACUUUAUAACAAAGUUUUGGAACUAAAAGGGAACAUAAGAGUAUUUUGUCGCUGUCGGCCCUUGAACAUUGAAGAAAUUAACGGAGGAGUUCCAAUGGCUGUUGACUUUGAAGCUGCAAAAGAUGGCGAACUAACUGUUAAGUCAAACGGCAUUUCGAAAAAGACCUUCAAGUUUGACGCGGUUUUCAGUCCUGAAGCCGACCAACUUGAUGUUUUUGAGGAGACUUCUCCACUUGCAAUGUCUGUAUUGGACGGUUAUAACGUAUGUAUAUUUGCUUACGGCCAAACGGGCACUGGUAAGACUUUCACCAUGGAAGGGACAGAUGGCGCUCGUGGAGUAAACUACAGAACACUCGAAAAGCUGUUUGACAUCAUCGAAGAACGAAAGAACACGUUCAAGUAUGAAGUCUCAGUCAGUGUAUUGGAGGUUUAUAACGAGCAAAUAAGAGAUCUGUUAGUUUCGGAUUCGAAUCAAGGUUCGAAUGCAGCAAAGCGGCUUGAGAUAAAACAAGUAGGUCACGUCCCGGGACUUGUCGAGGCUCGUGUGAAAAAUGUUGAAGAAGUUUGGCAAGCUCUUCGGACAGGGAGUAAUGGAAGGGCAGUUGGUUCGACUAAUGCAAACGAGCAUAGUAGCCGUUCACAUUGCAUGCAUUGUGUGAUGGUGAAGGGCGAGAAUUUACUGAAUGGUGAAAGCACGAGGAGCAAGCUUUGGCUAGUCGAUUUAGCCGGAAGUGAGAGAAUAGCAAAGACUGAGGUGCAAGGAGAGAGGCUGAAAGAAACUCAGAAUAUAAAUCGAUCACUUUCGGCACUUGGGGACGUGAUAUCAGCUCUUGCUACUCGGAGCCCUCACAUCCCGUUUAGGAAUUCGAGACUAACCCAUUUGCUUCAAGACUCUUUAGGAGGAGAUUCAAAGACUUUGAUGUUUGUUCAGAUUAGUCCCAAUGAGAACGAUCUUAGUGAGACGCUUUGCUCGUUGAAUUUCGCGAGCCGAGUUCGCGGGAUAGAGUUAGGCCCUGCUAAGAAGCAAAUGGACAAGACAGAGCUUUUCAAAUCCAAGCAAAUGGUUGAAAAACUAAAACAAGAUUUGAAGAGUAAAGAUUUCCAAGUCAAAAAGUUGGAGGACACCACUUAUGGACUUGAGAUGAAGUUAAAAGAGAAAGAUGUCAAGACCAGAAGCUUGCAAGACAAGAUCAAAGAACUCGAAUCACAGCUCCUAAUCGAGAGAAAGCUCGCCCGACAACACGUCGACUCAAGAAUCGCACAAGAAACCGAACCCCAGCGGGCCCCACUCGCGGCCAAACCCAUCAUCACAAACUCCGAAAGCGGCGAGUUCUCAUUCUUCCCUACAACAACAGCAACAAUCCACGAACCAUCGAACGAGGACAAAGAAAACCACCAAUUCCAAAACCUCCUCCCGAGGCCGACUGGCCGAGCAUCUCUUUGCCCCACGACCACUCAUCAUCAGAAAACAGCUUACAAUAAUCAUCAUCAUCAUUCCACACAAGCCGAACGAAGAAACUCACUCAUUCCCCUGCCUAGCAGCAUGCUGAAAACAAAAACCUCUCCAUUUCUCUUGCCUCAGACUUUUCAGGCUGACGAGAUCGGGUGCUUGCCGGACCAGGUGGCUUGCGAUAGUCCGAAAGACGGGAGGAAUAAAAAUAAGAGGCAUAUCGGGAGCAGCGCGUUGAGGAGGAGCCUGCACAAGAAGAUUUGCAUGAAGAGUCCUAUGCAGACGGGGGCUAAACGGGUUGUCGGGCUGAAUGUGGGCCUGGAUAAGGUUCGGGUAUCGAUCGGGAGUCGGGGGAGGCUGCUCGGUGGGGCCCGGAGAGGGGUGGGUAGAGAUAACAGCAGUAAUAAUGGGCAGGGGAAGGCAAGACAGAGGGAGAAAGAAAGGGGGUGGAAUAGUGAACAUAGCUUCCGGAAGAGAACUGAAGUUUCCGGAAGGUGUGGAAAAGGAGGCGGGGGAUUUGAUCGAGAAGUUCUGAUGAAGGAUCCGAGGAGGAGGCUCAGGUCGGUUGGUGGGGCGACCGAUAUAAAACGCCACCCUUUCUUUAAAGGGAUAAAGUGGCCGUUUAUAAGGAUGUACGGCCCGCUGGAGGUUGAAGGGCGCUGGCCGUGA